ACUGAAAAAGACCACCCUCACUUCUAUGAGAUACAUGAUGUCCCACUCCUACCAGCACUCACAACCACAACAAAGACGGUUUUUAUCUCAAUACAAUCAAAACCAACUUCAUCAACAAAUUUUCAAUAUUAAUAUUCCUGAAAAGUCCCUCUCAACUUCAACACAUAACUUCUCUUUCUUUGGCACCAAGCUUGUGUCAUCAUCUUCUAACCAACAUUAUGAAGAUCAAGAAGAACCUCUUAGUCCUCCAUGUUGUUUUAACGUUGUUUCUAAUUCUAAGCGUUUCAUGUUUGGCUCUUCCAUGGAUCAUACUCAACUAGAUCAUUUAUCAUCACUUAUCUCUCCUUCUCAUAUUGAUAUUAGGAAAAAGAAAAUUAACGGGUUGCAAAAGAAAGAGGAACUUGAAAAAGAGGUCACUAUGCUUCAAAGGUUGUUGGACCAAGAAGAAAAAGUUCGUGAAAUAUUGGAUAUGGUGAAUAGUAGGCCAAACGGUUCAGCUAUAUCUAUUCCCAAUUUUCUUCCUUCUAAGAUGAGAGAAUUGUUAGCAGAGCUAGUCAUGGUUGAGAAUGAGAUAGCAAAACUUGAAUCCCAAAUUAGCACACUUCAAACUGGUCUGAAACAUGAACAAGAAAUCACCAACGAAUCUAAGUCAAAAAUACAGAACCAAGGGAAUUUUAUGAGCAAUUCUAACAAUCGUUUAUCAACUUCAACAAUUACAAAUCCUAGUUCUAUUCAAAGAAGCAGUAGUAAUGUUCAUGAAAGGAUGGCAUUUGAAACAAAGGCAUUGCAUUUCAUAAGUAAAGCAAUCAAGGGUGAUUAUAAUCUCAAUGACUUCAGUCUUAAUGAAAAAACAGGAUUUUCUAAAAAUUCUGUUGAACAGAAAGAAAAUAGUUUUCAGGAAGAUGUUAAAUUUCAUGAAAGAAUUACUAGGAAAAAUGGAGCAGUGAAGCCUCCCUCGCCCAUGCGAGACCCGCGUCAUCCAUCACCUAAGCUGAGGGAACGUAAUCUAGACAUGUCCUUGGAUCUUCCAACUAGGUCACUACUUGAUCCACUUUUAUCAGAAGAAAAUGACCUAAAGUGGCAACCAAACAAGCUAUCUGAAAGCAUCAUGAAGUGUUUGAAUUUUAUAUAUGUAAGACUACUUAGAACAUCAAGAGCAAUGGAAUUGGAGAAAUCAGGACCUGUUUCAAGAUCAUUGCAUUCUUCUUUAAGCUCAAGAAGCUUCCGGGUCGAUUUGGGAUCGACCCAGAAACCAAGUCUUAUGUUGCACAAGGAAUCAAGGCAGCAAGAUCCAUAUGGUAUCUUUGAUUCAGAAGAGUCCAUUCCUAGGGAUAUUGGUCCUUACAAGAAUUUGGUUAUGUUUACUUCAAGUUCAAUGGAUCCAAAGUUUAUAUCAAGCCCUUCGUCUAUUCCAUUACUAAGAAAGUUAAGGAUUUUGAUGAGCAAUCUUCAGACAGUUGAUUUGAAAGGCCUUACAAAUCAACAGAAAUUAGCAUUUUGGAUCAACUUGUACAACGCUUGUAUCAUGCAUGGAUUCAUUCAAUAUGGUGUGCCAUCCACCUCAGAAAAGUUAAUUGCAUUGAUAAACAAGGCAACCCUCAACAUAGGAGGCAACAUAAUAAAUGCUCAAGCAAUAGAGCAUUUUAUUUUAAGGAAAAGAGAUGCUUCUAAUAUGAAAGAGGCACAAAGGAAGGGGGAGUGGGAAGAGAAAGAAUCAGUUGUACGUGAACUCUAUGGGCUUGAAUUUGUGGAUCCAAAUGUCACAUUUGCUCUCUGUAGUGGAACUCGUUCUUCUCCAGCUGUGAGGAUAUACACAGGAGAUGGUGUGACAGCUGAACUAGAGAAAUCAAAGCUAGACUAUCUUCAAGCUUCAAUUCUUGCUACUAGCAACAAAAGAAUAGGGUUUCCAGAACUUCUCCUAAGAAACAUGCUUGAUUUUGCUGUGGAUAUUGAUUCACUUGUGGAAUGGGUGUGUAACCAGUUACCUACUUCAGGGACUCUAAGGAAAUCAAUGGUUGAAUGUUUUAGGGGUCAUGGUGGUAAUGUCAAGGCAUCAACCAUUGUUGAAAAGAUACCCUAUGACUAUGAAUUUCAAUAUUUGUUAACAAUAUAAAUAUGUUUAUGUCUUUUCUUUGUUAUUAAACUUGAGGUGUGUGUACAAAAUAUGUAUAUAGAAGGAUUUUGAGCUAUCAAGAAUUGUCCCCUUCCAUAUAUUAUAGCCAGUCUAAUUGAUUGUAGAAUGAGUCAAACUUAAAGCAAAAUUCACUCAAAUGUCAAA